AUGGAAGUCGAACAGCAAACCAAGCAGGAAACUCCACAGCUGCCCGAUCCGGACCGCAUCGACAUUUCAGAGACCAUUGGCGGCUCUCAAACCCGCAAAUACCUGAAUAAACAUGUAACGCCGGCGUUACUACGUGGUAUGCGCCUCAUUGCCAAAAACCAGCCCGAAGAUCCACUCAAGUUUCUUGGAGAAUACCUUAUUCAGGAAAGUCAGUUGCCACAGACUUCUCCUGCUACGAAUGAUCCAGAGAAUCUUCCCGAUGCUGUUUAG